CCAGCACACUCUCGCCCAGUAGUGGCCAAAGACAACAUUAGCAAGCAACAAUGAAGUUUCUGGUGUUUGCACUCCUAGUGGCUUUAGCUUGCGCUUCCGAGGUAGAGAAGCGAGAGGCGGAGCCAAGUUAUGGAGGAUACGGCCACGUGAGCCACCAUCAUCGUCCUUCCUAUGGAUAUGGCUAUUCUAAUCACUAUCAUAAGCGAUUCUGGCUUGAUCAUGAGCCUGAGCUUAUGGGUAUCGGCCUAGUCACCUAUGGCUACUCUCACCGCUAUCACAAGAGGUCUGCUGAUCCUGAGCCAGAAGCUGAACCUUCCUAUGGCUAUGGCUCUUCUUAUGGGUAUCGCCCAGUCACCUAUGGCUACUCUCACCGCUAUCACAAGAGGUCUGCUGAUCCUGAGCCAGAAGCUGAACCUUCCUAUGGCUAUGGCUCUUCUUAUGGGUAUCGCCCAGUCACCUAUGGCUACUCUCGCCGCUAUCAUGGAUAAGAACAUCGUCAGCGCAAAAGGUCUACUGAUCCACAGCCAACGGCAAGACCUUCUCCCAGUUAUAGGUUCGGACAUACCUAUAAUUAUUCUCGUCUAGUCUACCACUGCCCAUCCUAUAACUAAUAGCCAAAGAGGAAAGACACAGAUGUCUAUAGCUAGCAAUAGAUUUUUAUUUUUUGUUAGUUCAUGAAUGAUCUGCAACUUCGACAAAGUAAUAAAGUACUAAUACU